CAUCCAUCCAUUAUGCGGCUAGAGUGCUUCCCCUUGAGACACACGUGACUGCUCUGCACGAGAUGUUUCUUGCAACUGCGACUUUGAUGCGAGAGCGACAGAGUUGAUGGAGAUAUGUUUGUGCAUGUCGUCGACAUUGUAGGAAGAUGGCCAGCCCUUGCCGUAGGCGAUUGGAAGGAGCGCGGGGAAGCAACCAUGACAUGUGAAGGAGGUUGCGACUGCCUCAUUCAUCUAUGCUCAUUUCACCGCCCUGGUUGACGAAGAAACCGUGUCGCGCAACUUAUUUGCAAGCGCCAGUGGCCUCUGUUUAUCACUCGUUGGAAGUGGGAUAUCCACCUACACAAGGACGUCGCUCAAUUGACCAUGCCGGCAUCUUCGAGUCGACACAAGCGACAAUCGUCAUCAAUGUACCGCCCAUCCACAUCCAGUAGUCUCACAAAGACCGAAGUCAAGAUCCAUGUCUACGACUUACUACCACCUGGUCGUCUCUCCUCCAUCCUCUGGACAAUCGGUGGCUCCCUCCUACACUCCGGCUUGGUGAUCAACGAACGAGAAUACGCAUACGGCGGCCACGAUCGCAAAGGCGUCAGUGGAGUCUACUGGACACGACCCAAACUCGAGCCUCCGGGUGGUACAUUUCGCUGCGAGAUCAUACAUGGCUUCACCGUGCUCUCCCAAGAAGAGAUUACGGAAGUCAUCAACGACACCUCGAGCAUAUUUCAAGGCACAAAAUACAACCUCCUCAGCAACAACUGCAACCACUUCUCCUCGUACCUCUGCGAGAGAUUGACCGGUAGACCUGGUCCUGCUUGGCUGAAUCGAGCAGCUAGUGUUGGUCUUGCAUUGCCCUGUGUGGUUCCCAAAGAAUGGAUCACCCCACCAGACCACGAGACUGCAGAUGGAGAGUUAGUGGAUGAGGAAGAGGAGGAGCAUGAUGACGACGAGAGAGCUGCCAUGCUACCUCGUGACAAGAGAAGGAAUCGCGACCAAGUCAGCAACCAGCGCAUCACUUCGAGGAAUAAGACUCCGCCGCCACGACUUGUUCUCGUCAAGGACACCAGUGGUAGGGAUAUGCCGGCCUGUGAAAGAGCACCGAUGCCUAAGAGAUGA